AUGGCAGAGGAGCUCGAGAGUAAAAUACCUCUUCUGGCUGAAAAACAAAACCAAGCUUCUCCUUCAGAGACCACUCAAAAACGAACCUCACUACUCGAGAGGGUUACAACAACGAUAUUCCAGAAUCUAUUGCCAAUCAGCCUGGUUGUCUUCGUAAUAUUAGGAAUUUUGGUUCCACAACCUGGCGUUUUCUUCAGCAAACUACCGACCAAUUAUGUUUGUGUCAUAGGUAUAUUCCUUCAUAGUGGACUCAAACUUAAAACAGAAGAAGUGAAAGAUGCUUUGAAAUCUUUCAAGGCUAUGAUCUGGGGAGUCGUUUGUAUCUUGUUUAUUACACCAGUUAUUGGCGGUCAUCUUACAGCCUUGCUUCCUUACACUGAGACAAGCGAUCAGAGCGGAAAAAACUCUACAAAUAGUUCUUUAUCUAAUGAGGAACACGCAGAGGGUAGUUCCAUACUUGGCCCAGCUUUAUUUCAGGUGGGAAUGCAGAUUUACUUCAUCGCUCCUUGUUCUAUUUCGUCGGGGAUUAUGUUGACAGCUCAAGCUGGGGGUGCCGUAGCAUUGUCUGUACUGCUCACAGUGUUUUGUAAUUUGGCAGCUGUAUUCACUGUGCCUCCUCUUGUGGCUUGGAUAAUAAAUUUUGAGAAUGUCCGACUGGAUCCUGUUAAACUUUUGAUUAAGUUGGUGCUGACUGUUCUUCUUCCAUUAUUGGUUGGCAAAGGACUGAGUUACAUAACACGCGUGAAGACAUUUGUCACGAAAUACUCCAACACACUGAAAGCCGUAAGCAUCAUACUGUUAGCAAUGAUUCCAUGGUUAAAGGUCAGCCGAGCAAGUGUUCAAAAAGCCUUCAGUAUGAUCUCUAUUUGGAGUAUUUUUGCUGUACUUGGAUGGGGCUUAGCAAUGCACUUACUCUUCAUUAUUGUUAUUCUUCUUCCAUGUUUUGCCUUGAAACUGGAAAAAUCUGCUUUGAAGUCAGUUGUCAUCCUGGCUAGUCAAAAAACUCUGGCCAUUGCCGUAACAAUAUGUUGUUAUCUUCCAUUUACACAAGCUGAGCAAGGCCUUAUUAGCUUACCUCUAAUUAUUAUUCACAUUGGAAUCCUAGUGUCUGAUUCAGUGUGGGCAUCCUGGUGGUUUGCACGGGAUGCAAAAAAAGAAAAAGAGAAAAUUGAGAAAGCUGAAAAAAUUUUACGAAAUGAUAACACUGAUAAUUCAUUUCAAAUAUCACAUGAUCAUUCAUGAGGAAAUUAUGCUUGGCAUAGCAUGAUUGUGCGAAUUAGCUAACAUUAACGGGCCUCUCUGCAAGUAUAUAUAUUUUUGUAUACUUGUUAUUUUUAUCAUUUUUGUUAAAAUUUUCUUGUUCUUAUUUGGCCAAAGGUAAAUGGA